GUAGGGAAUCCAAAGGCGCAGAGUGGAAGGCAGAGACCAAAAACCACUGACGGAAUUGUAGACGAAACAGAACACAGAAAGAGCGAGCAACGGCCAUUCGAUUUCGAUGUGGCGCAGUCGUGAGUAACGUGCAAUACCACGGGUAACGCGGUUUUCUGGCUCACCUUUCCGCAUUUUCCUUCUUCCCUCUCGCACCCAUAAGUACCCCUCCCUAAAUCAACGCUUUCCUCACAAAAAACAAAAACUCACUUCUCAUCAUUCAUUCAUCUUCGUUCUAAGAGCCAUGUCUAGCACCGUUGGCCAGACCAUCAAGUGCAAAGCUGCGAUUGCAUGGGAGGCUGGGAAGCCGCUGGUGAUUGAAGAAGUGGAGGUUGCGCCACCGCAAGCCGGUGAAGUCCGUUUGAAGAUCCUCUACACCUCUCUUUGCCACACUGAUGUUUACUUCUGGGAUGCGAAGGGCCAGACUCCAUUGUUUCCUCGCAUUUUUGGCCAUGAAGCUUCGGGGAUUGUGGAGAGCGUAGGCGAGGGUGUGACUCAUCUGAAACCAGGUGACCAUGCCCUCCCUGUGUUCACAGGAGAGUGUGGAGAUUGCGCCCAUUGCAAGUCAGAGGAGAGCAACAUGUGUGAGCUACUCAGGAUCAACACCGAUAGGGGUGUCAUGAUCCAUGAUGGCCAAUCAAGGUUCUCUAAGAAUGGACAACCCAUACACCAUUUCUUGGGAACCUCUACAUUCAGUGAAUACACUGUUGUCCAUGCUGGAUGUGUUGCAAAGAUCAACCCUGCUGCUCCACUUGACAAAGUUUGUGUUCUCAGUUGUGGAAUUUGCACAGGUUUUGGUGCUACUGUAAAUGUAGCAAAACCAAAACCUGGUUCCUCUGUUGCCAUAUUUGGACUUGGAGCUGUUGGCCUUGCGGCUGCUGAAGGUGCAAGAGUUUCAGGUGCUUCAAGAAUCAUUGGAGUUGAUUUAGUUUCUGCCCGAUUUGAAGAAGCUAAGAAGUUUGGGGUUAAUGAGUUUGUGAACCCAAAGGAUCAUGAUAAACCUGUGCAACAGGUAAUUGCUGAAAUGACCAAUGGAGGUGUGGAUCGGGCUGUUGAAUGUACUGGCAGCAUCCAAGCCAUGGUCUCAGCAUUCGAAUGCGUCCACGAUGGUUGGGGUCUUGCUGUACUUGUUGGUGUGCCUAGUAAAGAUGAUGCAUUCAAAACUGCUCCUAUUAAUUUCCUGAACGAGAGGACUCUUAAGGGCACCUUUUAUGGCAACUACAAACCACGCACCGAUCUUCCAUCUGUUGUCGAGAAGUACAUGAGUGGGGAGCUAGAAGUGGACAAAUUCAUCACUCACACAGUUCCAUUCUCAGAGAUCAACAAAGCUUUUGAUUUAAUGCUGAAGGGACAGUCCAUUAGGUGUAUCAUCCGCAUGCAAGAGUGAGAUGGAUAUGAAAAGUCCAUGACUGUGUUCUGGGACAGACUACUCUUAUGUGAUUUAUGAAUAAAAAGAGAGAAGAGAGAAUAAAAAAUUUAUUGGUAAAAUCCCCAAUUAGGCUAUUAGGAUUAUGAUUGUAUUGUUGCACAUUGAGUGUUGGGAAUGACAGGGCAUUUAGCCCUUUGUUACUUGAUUGCGGCUUGUUUCUUGUCAAUUUGUCAUUUGAUAGUUUCCAUGAUUUUACUUUUACAUGAUAAGAAUGAUAGUGAACAGCUUGCCAAUAUCUUUGACAAA